AUGGAGUCUCAUGUUGAUUUGAAACUCAAAACAUAUCGUUUCAUCGCUUUCUCAGCUGUUGGAUUCUCUCUUAUUGCUUCAAUUUCAUUAUGUUUCACUUUGCCAUUGAUGUACAAUUAUGUGCAAGCAACAAAAGCUCAAAUGGCCAAGGAAUCACUUUACUGUAAGAGCUCAAUCAGUGAUAUGUGGUCAGAUAUCAAUGAAUCUGAAUUGCCAAGAAACAGAACAGCAAGACAAGCUUACGCUGGAGGCGGCGGAGGAGGAUAUGCUGCACCUGCUGGAGGUGGAGGUGGAGGAGGAGGUGGAUGCUCUGGAUGUUGUAAUCCUGGACCACCAGGACCAGGUGGAUCACCAGGAAAGCCAGGUAAACCAGGAAAGCCUGGAGCACCAGGAGCUGCUGGAGCUGAAGGAAAAGGAGCUAGUGCACCAUGUGAGGCUUCAACUCCACCACCUUGUCAACCAUGCCCACCUGGACCACCUGGACCGCCAGGACCAGACGGAGGACCAGGACCAGCCGGAGGGCCAGGACCUGCUGGACAACCAGCUGGGCCAUCUCCACCAGGACCACCAGGACCACCAGGACCAGCCGGGCCAGCCGGUAACGACGGACAACCAGGACAACCAGGAGGACCAGGACCAGACGGAGAAAGCUCAUACCCAGAACCAGCAGGCCCAGGACCAGCUGGACCACCAGGGCCAGCGGGACCCCCAGGACCAGAUGGACAAAGCGCUCAAGGAGGACCAGGAGAGCCAGGACCAAAAGGACCACCAGGACCAGGAGGACAACCAGGAAGCGACGGAAAUCCAGGACCACCAGGACCACCAGGAAAUCCAGGAGGCGAAGGAGAGAAAGGAAUCUGUCCAAAGUGAGUUUUUCUUCGGUCAAAAACAAACAAAAAAUUUUCCAAUUUUCUGAUUAAUAAUCAUUUUUUUUUCUUUCAGAUACUGCGCCAUCGAUGGAGGAAUCUUCUUCGAGGAUGGAACUCGACGUCGCUAA